CAGAAAUGGUAUUGCGAACUUUCUCCGCACGUUCUCUGUUGCCUGUUAUCGGUCCCCCACUCCUUGCUUGAUACUGUAUGUCCUUAGGCACCGAUUGAAAGGUACCUGCACUAGACCUACCUUAACAACCACUUCCCGCCUUGGCCUACACCACCAUCGCGAUUCCCGAGAAUCUGCCGCGCGUAUAUCGUCGAUGUCGGAGAUCGCAGAUAAACAGAACUGUACCGUGACGACUCCUCCGUAUCUCGUGUUUAAUUUUCCCCGCACAAGAACUUUCGGAUUUAUCCCACACCACCUGAGAGCCCCAAGAUAUUUUCAUGCAGGGACGGAGCCUAUUUGGACUCUGUAUAUCAAGAACUUCACGCUGUUCUCACCUCGGCUUCUGUUUCGACCUCCUCUUUCCCCCUCAGUGCGCGACACGUUUUGUAGGCACCGACGAUGCCGCCCCAACGACAUGCUCCAGAAUGGACAGUAGUCGAUUUCAUCUACACAGGAUACUGGUGGAGGAACCGAGGCAUUUUGAUCCUGAACAUUUGCCUCCUUCUACCCCUCCUCACUGCAGUCGUAAACGGGAUUGAUUCGUCGCUGGUCAAUGGACUCCAGAUUCUGCCAGAUUGGCAGGAAUUCUUCGGGCACCCAUCGGGAAAGGUCCUAGGCCUAAUCAACUCUGCUCAAAACAUCGGUGGAUUCAUCGGCUUACCCAUGACACCGUUUGCCUCCGACAUUUUGGGAAGGAGGGCAACAUUGUUCAUUGGGUCUCUGAUUAUGCUCGCUGGAGUAGCCGUUCAGAUCACCGCAAGUAGCGUAAAGAUGUUCAUCGGUGCCCGAGUUAUCAUCGGUUUUGGUCUUACAUUCUGCACGAAUGCGGCACCCUUACUUUUGAUCGAGCUCGCGUAUCCUACACAGCGAGGGAAAAUUACCUCCCUGUAUAACUCCAGUUGGUACGUCGGAAGUGUUGUGGUCGCAUGGGUCUGUUUCGGCUCCUUCCAAAACAUGAAGGGUGAUUGGUCAUGGCGAACCCCGUCCUUGGUCCAAGCAGGUAUUCCAUUACUGCAAGUUUUAUUGGUCUGGUUCAUACCGGAAAGCCCUCGUUACCUUGUGUCGAAAGGAUUUGAGGGAAAAGCUGCCCGGAUCUUCGCGAAAUACCAUGCGAAUAGUAACGACGAACACGACCCUCUUGUGGUCUUUGAGAUAGCCCAAAUACGACAUGCCAUACGGUUGGAACAGGAGAUUAACAAAGACACCUCGUUCAAAUCCCUAUUCGCGACCCCUGGGAACAGGAAACGAAUGAGAAUCAUCAUUGCCAUUGCAUGCUUCUCACAAUGGAGCGGGAAUGGCCUUGUCUCUUACUACAUAAAUUUAGUACUGGAAGGUGUCGGAAUAAACAGUACCGAAACGAAGGCAGCGAUAAACGGUGGUUUACAGAUUUUCAACUUAAUCGUUGCUUAUACUGCCUCUCUGCUCGUGGACUGGGUCGGUCGAAGACCGCUCUUCAUCAUCUCGAACACUGGAAUGCUAAUAGCCUUCGGCCUAUGGACAGUAACAGAGGCGUUGUUCAAUGCUCUUCAGAAAACCGCUGCUGCCAAAGCCACCAUUCCGCUCAUUUUCAUUUAUUAUCUUUUCUAUGAUAUUGCCUACUCGCCGAUGCUCGUGGCCUACACACUAGAGAUUCUCCCUUAUCGCAUACGAGCAAAGGGGUUCGCUGUGAUGAAUAUGACUGUGUUCCUGACGAUAGCAUUCAAUCAAUUCGUUAAUCCUUGGGCUAUCGACGCUAUCGGCUGGUGGUAUUACAUUGUAUACUGUGGAUGGCUCAUCAUUGAACUCGUCUUCGUCGUAACGUAUAUUGUGGAGACCAAAGGACGAACACUGGAAGAAACGGCAGCCCUCUUUGACGGUGAACAGCCGCAGGAAGACUUACAGGUCCUGGGGGGAGAUGCCGCGACGAUGUCCAUGACGAUGAGUCGCGCGAACGGUGUUACAGUUACAGUUGAAAGACACGAAUCUCGUUCUGACGAUGACUCGGCCUCCCUGCCUGAGAAGAAGCACAGGGAGUAUGAUUAUUACUACGAGCUCGGCAAGCUUGAUCGGAAUUUUGCGUCUCCUUCGUCAUCGUAGUGUUCGUAUACUUAUACUUUGUUUGUAUUCCGAGAUAACCUGUCACUCAUUUACCCCCCAAAAAAAAUUUGCAAGCUGU